UCAGCUAUAUACGGCAGAAGGAGAGUUAUGUGAUUUUUAUACAAUUGGAAAACGUCUCAUUUCAACUUAAGCCUGCUAGAUUAAGAAUUGAAUAUGGAAAUCAUUUCGGAUCGUCACCUUUUCAGCAUAAAUGUGUUUGAAUUUUAAGAUUUGGCAUUUUAAAAUAAGUGAGUAAACGAUUCUUUUUGGUGGCUAGAUGUUGGAAUAAAUUGUUAAAGUAAAAUGAACACAAAGGAUUAUGAAGAUAUUUUAAUGAAGUAUGAGUCGUUUCGAGUUAAAAAGUUUAUUUCGGUGUACAUUUCACCUGUCAUUCUUAUUGUCGGAACUACUGGAAAUAUCAUUUCCUUCUUCAUUUUACGGAGGAAUAUGUUUCGGAUAUCUACAUAUUUUUACCUAGCUAUUCUCGCUAUUGCGGAUCUAGUCGUGUUACAAUUCGGACUUCUUCGGGAAUGGAUAGGAGAAUUAUCCGGAUAUGAUAUCCGAAAUGCCAGCAAUUUAUCCUGUAAGUUGUUUGUUUCUUUAACAUACUUAGGGAGUGAUUUCUCAGUAUGGUUAAUAGUAGCGGUAACAACUGAACGUUUCAUUGCCGUGUGUUUUCCCCUCAAAGCAAGUGUGUUAUGUAGUGUUAACAAAGCUCGGAGCGUCACCCUAUCUUUGCUCUGCAUGGCCUUUUGCCUCAACGUCCACUUCCUGUGGACAACUGAGCUUUCUGAGGUGCAUCUAAACACUAGCGAUGUUGCAAAGUGUACCGCUGGUCCCGAGUUCGACUUUCUUCUGACGGAUGUUUGGCCUUUAGUAGACGCCUUUACUUAUUCAUUCAUUCCGACUUUUAUUUGCUCGGUUUUAAACACAUUGAUAAUCCGACGUGUGAUAAUUGCCCGGAAGUACAGAGGUCAGUUACAGAAGUGCAAUACGGGAAGAAACCAUUUGCUCAAGAAAUCGUUGCCAUCUGAGAGCACCAUAAAACUAACUAAGAUGCUUUUAGCAGUGUCCUUAACUUUCAUAUUAACAACUCUCCCCAAUAGUAUUUACAUUGUUGUUCAGAAUUAUUGGAAUUUCGAUCACGGCGAAAACCUCCUUUUGGAAAUUUCAAACUUUGCUUUAGCCAGAACUGUGACCGAUCACCUUAUGUUUAUCAAUCAUUCCGUGAAUUUCUUUCUUUACUGUGCUACAGGAAAAAAAUUUCGCAAAAGUAUGGACCGGGCUCUUUGUAAAUUCCGACAACCAUCGAACCGUUCGUGCUCAGAUAGCAACAUUCCCCAUUUGAUGAGUAGGGUGAGUUAUACCACAGGUAGACUAAGUGUUAAUUUAGUCGUGUUCGACUCCAAACUUUUGAACAGGAGGACCACAAGAUUUUAAUUUUGAAUUCAGUUUAUAAGUGUAUAUUCACUUAAAGUAAGGUUUUUUUUACGGGGCGAUAUUUUGCAUUGUAUAUCUGUGUGGUGAACAUUUAAAAGAUCGAAAGAAUGAAAGGAGGGAUGGAUCACAAGAUUUUAAUUUUGAAUUCAGUUUAUAAGUGUAUAUUCACUUACAGUGAAGUUUUUUUUAUAUACGGGCCAAUAUUUUGCAUUGUAUAUCUGUGUGGUGAAGAACAUUUAAAUGAUCGAAAGAAUGAAAUCAGGAAUGGAGCACCUCCAAGUUUUGAUGUCCUCUCUAUCGA